AGGCUCCGCCAUCUUCUGGUCGGUUCCCCCUCUCCGGGCCUACGACUUCUUCAACAAGAUCUCCUUCGACCUCCCGGGAUCGGAGGAGGCGCAGGUGAGCAUCUCUUCGAUGUGCCUAAGUUGGCCCGACGAGUGCAAGCUCUUCGUGGGCACUGAUCGAGGAGCCAUCGCUUGCAUUGACAUCACUGUGGUGGUGGAGAGUGCGCGGCGGCAGCGCGAAGAGAUCUUGAGGCGGAAGGAGUCGGGAGAGGCAGCAGAGGUGAUCAGCGGCCGUAUUUUCGACUCACUGCCUCGGCCCGUGAACUCUCCAGAGUAUGUGUUCACAUUGGAGAGCAACUGGAAGGUCGAGAAGGCACACAGCUUGAGCGUGGAAUCCAUUUUCUUUUGUCAGCGACAACCCUCCGUGUUGAUGACGUUGGGUGCCGACAAUUGCCUUCGGAUUUGGGACCAUGCGACCGGUGAGCCGCUUGGCUCCUUGGAGCAGGGCUUGCCUGAGGGCUUGAUCUACGAGCGCAGCACUGAGUGGUCCUUCCCGCUGGAUCCCUAUCUACAGAUCCAAUCCGACACUACGGCCCUAAUUGAAGCCUCAGAGGUGGAGAUGGGCGAAGGCGAUGCCGGCGACACCAAGCUGAGGAGACUCUCGGAGAACCAGACCAUGCCCUCCGGGAGGCAGAUGGAAGACCACAUCACUGAGCUGGUGAAGAAGGAUCGUCGACGAUCGUUGUUGCAGUCCAGUUCAUGCCCUGCCUUGGCGAGCAAGGGCAAACAGCUCAGCGAGUUCUUAGCGGCUCCCACGCAGGACUUCUCUCACGCAGAGCCGAGAUAUCUGCAGAAUCGAAGGGACCAAAAGACGGAGGACUGGUAUGCGGGCUCUUUUGCCCGAAGCUUCGCUCUGCCCAAGUUGGAGAGUGGCUUAAAUCGCCCUCCGGAGCCAAAGAAGCUGGUCGAGGCAGCCCGGCAACUGGCGAAGUCCUUGGGCCUAGGCCGGAAGAGCAGCGACGUGCCGUGAUCGAACGGGCCAUCGAAAGGCCCGUGCUCAGAGCAAAAGAGGUGAGCUGGCAAUCUUCAGCUAUGGUGGCACCCGGUUUGAAGAUCGAUGACUCUGAAAGUUGGAUCUGAAGCUGUGCCUUUCAGUUUUUGGUUCGAACUGAUUGGGUUUGGGCGGUUGCUCAGGGGGAAACCACCUUGCCAGUAGGAUUGGUCUCACAUUCAGAGAGAAGAUCAUCCUAUCGC